CGAAGCAAAACGACGCCAUCUUCUUCAACCACGAGCUGCAUUGCGUUUGACUGUUGAUUUUCUAAGUUUAUACUGCAAAUUUUAGCUAAAGAUGAUGUCAAAUUAUGAUGGGCAUGCUGCUAAACGCCAGCGAACUGAUACAGGAGGACGAGGGGUUCAGUCUGGUGAUCCAUUUGAAGAGUCACACAAGCCAGGCCCCUCCAAAGUCAUUCAUGUUCGUGGACUAGCUGAUAAUGUAACCAAAAACGAUCUUGAGGAAGCCCUUCAGACUUUUGGACCAAUAAGUUAUGUGUACAUGAUUCCUAGACGAGGACAGGCUCUGGUUGAGUUUGAAGAAUUUGCUGGUGCAAAAGCAUGUGUAGAUUUUGUGAAUGAACAUCCUGAGAAUGUGGUAAAUGUUGCAGGGACUCCUGCAUUCUUCAACUACUCCACAAGCUCCAAAAUAAAAAGACCUGGUGAUGGUGUUGAUGCAAGUGGUGGUAACAACGUUCUCUUGUUCACCAUACUGAACCCUCGCUACCCUAUCACCACAGAUGUUCUCCAUUCUAUCUGCAAGGGAUAUGGUGAGGUACUCCGAAUUGUGGUCUUCAAGAAAAAUGGCGUGCAAGCCAUGGUUGAGUUCGACACCAUACCAAGUGCAACUGCAGCACUGCAGAACUUGAACGGAUGUGACGUAUACUCUGGCUGUUGCUCUCUGCGCAUCGACUACGCUAGGCCCAAGACGUUGACUGUGCAUAAGAAUGAUCAAGAAACAUUUGACUACACCAACCCCACCCUUGGAGCAAUUGCAAGCAACCCAAAUCGUGGUUCAGCCCUGCUAGAUGACCCACCGGAGCCUGCUUACAACGGACCAAGUGUCCGCGGCAGAGGAAGAAAUGAGGCAAUGAAUCCAGGAGGCCGUGGAGGCUAUGGUAUGGAGCCCCAGAUGCCCGCAUAUGGGAAUGGUAGCCGAGCUGGUUUCCAGGAGCGUGGUUACCCAGCCCGGGGUGGUGGAUACCCUGGUGACCGUGGUGAAUAUGGCCAGGGGUACCAAGAUCCAUAUGCUAUGCAGCCUCCAUCGGCACUCACUUCGGCUAUGACUGGCGGUCCUGUGGUGAUGGUGUACAACAUGGAUCCCGAGAAGAUGAAUUGCGAGAGACUUUUCAACUUGCUCUGUCUCUAUGGAAACGUCGUCAAGAUCAAAUUUAUGAAGACAAAACCAGGGUGUGCUAUGGCUGAAAUGGCUGAUGCUUUAGCAGUUGAAAGAGCCAUUACCAACCUCAGCAACAUUGAGUUCUAUGGAAAGACUAUCCAGCUUGGCUUCUCCAAGCAGAUGUACAUUUCGCCACCACCAGUAGUUGGUGAUCUUCCUGAUGGUACACCAGCAUUCAAAGACUUCUCCAGCAGCCGAAACAACCGUUUCUCCACCGUAGAAUCAGCUGCCAAAAACCGUAUUCAGCAACCAUCCAAAGUCCUCCACUUCUUCAACUCGCAUCCAGAAAGUGAUAUCGAGAGAGUCAGACAGGUAUUUAUUGCCGGUGGAGCUGUUGAACCAUUAAACAUUAAAAUGUUUGAAGCAAAGAAUGAUCGUAGCCGCACUGGUCUAGCCGAGUUUCCCGAUAAGUCAAAGGCUAUUGAAGCAUUGAUUGUCUGUAACCACACACCUAUGGACAAUCCAAAUGGCCGUUUCCCUUACACUUUCAAGCUCUGUUUUUCAAAUUCAAUGCAUGCACAAUAAAACACUCCAGCUAUGUUUCUGAGCUGUUGUCAUAAUUAAACAUAAUUUAACCUUUUCAUUCUAUUUCGAGAAAAAGAAGUGGUUAUCUGUUACCGAAUUGGAUAGUUAACAAGCUACCUUUACAUAAUUUGGUAAAAUAUAAAUGUUGAUCAUGACUAUAUGGAACAUUGUUAAAAAUAGGCAUAGCUAAGUUUUUUACAAUUUGUAUAUAAUGGGAUGAUUGUUGAGAUGAGUUGAGAUGAGAAAAACAACUAAAAGUGAGUAAGAGAUUCUUAAUGCCACUCAAGGGUAGAUGACGUAUGUGUUCGCAAAUGUACAAGUGUUUUUUAAAUUGAACAGAUUUUGUUUGCAUUGGAAGUUCCAAAUUUAGUCAUUAAAAGUGAGAUUAUUACAUUUUUUGCCUUAUUUUGGGUAGUUGUAUUUGAUAUUGAAAUAUGUUUUUUUAAAAUAAUGUAUUCUUACAA